AUGCACGAGCGACAAAUUUCGCAUGCCAAUCCACGAGGUGUUCACGUAGGUCCAAAUUUGUUGCGAAGCCACUGGGUAAUGGCGAUUUCGGCUGCUGACCAACAGAUGCUCGCCCUGUUUCAGCAUCUGGGUCAGCAUUCAGGUCGCAAAGCAGGCAUGGCAGCAGCAACAUUUGAAAGCGACCGCUCUGGAAUACGUGGAAACCCAGCUGCUGCUGUUGAUGAUGCUGUUGUUGCUGCCGCUGCAAUGCUGCUGCUUCUUCGACUGGUUGGUGGAUGUGUAUGUUGUAUGUAUAUGAUGUGUACGUAUAUGGCUUUUCCAGGAUGGAUGGAGCAGAACAUGGAGCAGCCGUGGCGGCAGCAGCAGCCCUCGCCUUGUUGCUGUUUAUGGAGAUGGAUGUAG